AUGGCUAAUAAUCUGUCACUGCGGAGCAUCUUGGAUGCAAAUACUCUCACUGGCCCAAACUUCUUUGAUUUGUUUCGGAACCUCAAGAUCGUCUUGAAACAGAAGAAGAAAUCCUAUGUCCUUAACAUUCCUAUUCCACCAGUCCCUGUUGCUAAUGUUAAUGUUGAGGAUAAGGAAGCAUAUCAACGUCAUAAGGAUGACGAUGAUCAGGCAGCAUGCGUGAUGCUAACCAGUAUGACUCCUGAGCUCCAAAAGCAGUAUGAGCACAUGGAUGUCCAAUCCAUAAUUCUUCAUCUUAGAAAAUUGUUCGAUAAGGAAUGGCGCAUUGAGAGAUAUGAGAUCUCUAAAGAACUAUUCCGAUGCAAGAUGGUAGAAAUGAGUUUUCUUAGACCCCAUGUGCCGAAGAUGAUUGGACUCAUCGAGAGACUUAGACAAUUGGGAUUAGCAAUGGAUCAUGGGCUAAGUAUAGACUUAAUUCUACAAUCUCUUCUUGACAGCUUCAGUUAG